UUUACGGUUGAUUAUGUUUGUCAGGAGUUAUAAGAGGUUGUGAAAGUUAUGUUGUUAAAUACUUGUUAUGUAAUAUGUACGCUAAAUAAUGACGUGAACAAUUUUUCACGUCGCUUUCCGAGUUUGAAAAACACACAGAUGAACCAGUUUAAAGGCAAUCUGUCAUAAUACAUAGUUGUAACUAGUUUAGAGGCCAAGGUAUACUGGCAUGAACUAGCAGUGUAGACAAAAUGUGCAUAGAACAUAGUGAGGAGUUUAAAUCAGAAUUAUCACGCCUUCACGCCGUACUGGUACGAUCCAGUUCACGUUUAAACCAUUGACUGAGUCAUGUGUGAAUGUCGUGUUCUGUGGCUGUGGUUGCGUCGCGAAUUUCGUUAAUUUUCGUCGCAAAGCACUACAAACGGCUGGAUUUAAGCGAUCCCUGGGAGCAGAUGAGGAUUGGCUGGGCCGCGUUUCCUCCCGAACACACCGCCACACUUAACAGUCUCAGUCUUCAUUCCAACACGGACACAAUAGACACUCCUCCUCCAUCCAUUCCCUUCGAGCCGUUUCCAAGCCAAGAGUUCCUGAGGAAGAUAGACCGGUUCUUUGAGGAAGAGUGUUGUGUCUUCGGGCCUGAUGAUCCGGCUAUACUGGCGCUUGAGGAAGCACUGAAGGACGUGGACCUGGAUAAUCUUUAUUCAGAUCAGGACGUCAUACAAUAUUAACCAUUAAACUGAUUAAACAAGCGAUAUUCAAUGGAACGAAAAAGAAGAACUUUAGUAGGUACUUUUCGUAUAGGUAUGAAGUGCUAUCAUUAUUAAUUAACAAAGAAUAUAAAACUCACUAUAACACUUAUGUGUUCUUAGAAAAUUUCAAAAACUUCGAAAUGUCCACAUGAAAUUACUAAAGAAAGUUUUCAUAACACUUCAUGGGAAACGAAAUUAAUCAUACCUUUAGGAAAUUUUUAGGAUGUUCGAUCAAAAUAAAAACAAUUUCAUGUGUAAAAUGUACUUUUAAUGGGAAUGAUUUCCAACAUCACAACAACUGUAUGUUAUUCUAGUUCAUGUACUUAAAACUUGUCAUCACAUUUCUGUAGUGUUACAAGGAAGAAACCAAGUCAGCAAAAUGUUUAACACUGUGAAUUUUAUUUCCAUCGCGACUUGACGGCACAAUUACAACCUGGCAAAAUAGUCUAGAAAUGAAAAAGUGGCAACACCUGUCGUCCCGUUUUACGCAAAUUGGUUUGAAAGGGACGACACUACGCUGUCACCACUUUUUUAUUUCUACUCUUUUCAGGAUGUAUUUUCAGUUACAUAUUAUUCUCAUAAUAUUAGAGUUUUGUUCAUAUUUGUUCAAAUUAAGUGUUUAGAUGUCACUGAACGCGACUGUACCUUCAUCAUUUCAUACAAAGGUAUUUUACAACAGUCGCACAAGUACUGUCGACUACAAAGACAUUUUUAAUUUAAUUUUUCAUCCAAGGUUAUAACAUUUUGCUGACGCUACCUUAAUAGAAAAAUAACUAUACAUAAUUAUAAACUAAUCAUAAUAUUGCACUUACAAUAAUUUUGGAAUAAAAUGAGAUUCAAAGUACAUAUCCUUUUUAGUUUGAUUAAAUGUCUGCACAUAUACAUCAUUUAUAUAUUAUAUUAACACAACGCGGUGAGAUUCGAGGCAAUAUAAUUUUGAUCGUUGGAAGUGUUAUGGAUGGUUCUGUUCACUGCUAAUAAUAUACAUAUUUCUUUGAUAAUUCCUUUAGUUAAAAAAACUAACUAACAAAGGAACUUCUCGACUUAGAAACAACAACAUAAAUUAAUUUACUUAUAUGAUAUUCCUUCAAGCUAUUGAUUUUCCUUUUAAGCACAUUUAUUUUAGAUAAAUGAAUUGGAUAAGCAUCACUAAAGUUAUUGUUAUCAUAGUGUAAUAGAUUUAUAAGGUAAAAUGUGUUACUCACUAUUUGCACUGCAUUAUAUUUAAAACACAGGUUUAGAUUUUAAUAAAAAUAAUAUGUACUUACUAAUAUUAUUGUACAAGACCGUUUGUUUC